UGACGACACAGGCAGUGAAUCUCAGUUAUACAGUUAACGAUGGAAUGGUGUUGCUGUUGUUUUAGCUGGGGUUCAGAGGCAAAUGAGAGGCAGCCUCUUUUGGGGUCAAAUCCACAGCAUGCACCAGCUUCUGCAAGACAGUUCCACUCACCAUCUAAUGACAAUGCUCAGAGAAGUGGCGGAUUUACCGCUCGACAUGUUGGGGUUCCAGAACUUGAUCAACGUUUUGCAGACGUCGCUGAGACGUUCAAUCAGCAGCAUAAAAACUACGAGGCAAUGGUGGAAAGCUUGAAUAAACUUAGCUACCGCUAUCGCUGUUCUUCAGGCAGUCUGUCUGAAUGUAUAAGGAAUAUCAAGGAAGAUCAUGAUAAAUACCACAUUAAGCUACAGAUGAAAGGUUAUGACUUCUCAUUGGCUGUGGAGCCAGCAGAUGAUGUACCUGUCAAGCUUCAGCGGACACAAGAGGAUGUUAGGAGUCUGUCCCAGUCGGCUAAAAUUGUUGUGUCAAAGGGAACCACGCUCCAGGAGCUGAUUAACUGGCUUUUGAAGGCUGAGCAGAAUCUGAUCCAGCAAGUGAGAGAGGCUGCUCCAAAUCACCAGGAGGAGACACGGCUGGGGGACAACUUGAGAGAGAACCUCAGGGAAACCCGCAGGGUCAAAGAGCUGUCGCCAUGCUACAGGGAGGAAGCUGGGAAACUGCUUAAUGAAGCAGCCCUGCUAUCUGGAGUCAGCCCUUGAGUCCAUUAGGGAAGAGGACAACAUUUACACGUGUUUGGAAACUUAAUGAGAGAUGCAAACUAGAUAUGCAGAGUUAAUACUGUAGAAUGAUCAUUUUUGUUCUUAAUCUAAAGUGGUAUGGAGGCAUGAUAAUGUGUAAUAUUUUCUUGAUGUUCCUUUUUCAUUUUUAUUAUCAUUAUGCAGCUGGCACAGAGAAAAAAAAUCUGUUUUGUUUAACAAAAUCCAGAUUUGUAGAAAAAUUACAAAUGACUUUUUUUUUUUUUAUUUCCAAGAAUAGAACUAGAAAAGCAUAAAGUAUCAGGCAAGACUGAUAUAAAAGUAGCUCAGAGUUGUAGAAACAUAAAAAGCAGAGCUGAGGCACUAGACCUCUGGAUGAUUUAUAGUCUUCUGUGUUUUUAAGCCUUUUUUGGAAGUGACUCUCAACUCAGUCUAGACUGUAGUAUGUUAGUCUUUUGCUGGCUGUAGGUAUGUAGGUAUCUCUUUUAAAUCAAUACUUGGAAAAAUGUAAUUAUUCCAUAAGGUCAUAGCAUGUUCAUCUCAUGCGUAGUGAAUAUUACUUUAUUACUGUUAUAUACGUACCUAGAACAACUGAAAAUGCAUGUUAUUUAUUAUAUAUGAAGAUAGUUUUCUAUUAUGUGUAUUGAGAAUGUGAAAGGCAUCGAUGGACCAAGUAAGAAUCUAUAAUGUGGCUCUAGUUUACUGUUUUAUGGAAAAUAACACUAAACCAGUUGUAAAGUAGUACAGUGCAUUGCCAGUUACGUAACAAUAUACUGUGGUUGGAUACUGCGCUGCAAACUUUGGCAAUGGACAUUUUUUGUGCUUUGAGAU